AUGAGCGCGAAGCUGCCCCCACCGCUGCUCAAAAAGGGGGGACCGCCUCUCCCCAAAUCAGUGAAGCCCUUCGUCAAACCUUCUUUCCUCCUGAAACACACGGGAAAGUUACCAGCGGUGCUCCCGAAAGGAAAGUCAGAGGAUACAGUGGAGAAGGAACAGAAUGGACAGGACAGUGAGGAUCCCCCUAAAACGAAGACAAUGGAACAAAAAUUUAAGGCAAUGAAGCCGAAAAUAAAAGUCCCCGAGUUGAAGUUUAAGCCGAUGGGUGGCAAGGCAAAGGUAAUGCCUCCUCCGCCUCCCAAGGUUACCUUGUUUGGGGGUAAAGCGGCUGCACUUGGCGCCGCUCAAUCGGAGGAGGUGCUUCUAGAAGGAGCAGACCCCAGCCUGAGGGCAUUCAAGUCGAUCAAGUCAAUCAAGUCAAUCAAGUCGUUCAAACCGGGAAUGCUAAAAUUUGGUAAGCCACCCAAAGCACCAAAGGCAAAAUGGAACAUGUCCGAGGUGAAGCUCAAAGGGUUAGGAGAGGACAGUGAACAGAACUCCAGCCAUGUGGGAUGGAGUGCCCAACCGGGGGUAGAAGGAAAAGGAAAGGUGGUGGAGGAAGAAGAAGGGGGAAAGACAGAGUUAAGAAGAAACGAAUCGAAUGAUAAUGACUCACUUGAUGGAAGAGAAGAAACAACUGGCCGAAUCAGCAGGAUGCUACACUUGAGCAAGUACAUUGACACUGGAAACCUUGUUAAUAAGUUGCGAGGUCACGGCGUGAAUGCGUCUCUGCCGAUGAAGACAAAAGGGGGAAAAACGACUGGUUCAUCCCCUGGGGGAGUUGGCACAGGGAAGAAUUUCCCUCCACCUUCCUUUGCGAAGGGUAUGGAAAAGGAAUCCCAUUCGUUUGGCAAAGAGGAGAAUGCCGAGGUGAUGCGCAAGUAUAGCGCGCACAUGUCGAAUGAAGUGACCACAGGGGGAGUAGGCACGUUGCAGGAGGUCCCCCAAAAGAGCAUUCCGCACAAGCCCCCCCCUCCGAAGGGGUUACCUCCAAAAGGGUUACUUCAAAAGGGGUUACUGCAAAAGGGGUUACCUCCAAAAGGGUUUCUUCAAAAAAAAAUACCCCCAAAAGGGCCACCUCUUAGCAGCCCCCUGAAUGCCCCCAAUGGGGAAGAAACAAACAGACCAGCAGACGCACACGAAGAUAUGCACACAAAUAAUACCCUAACAAAUGUUAACGGAAAUAAUGUGAUGGUUGGUCUGUCUGAUGUAGCGUGUGGACAAACGGUGGGUCCCGUAUCCACUUCCAAAACAAGCACCCUUAUGCAGGAUACACAUUACAUAAAUGCAUUUUCAAGAAUGGACGGAAAUUACAUGGGAAAAGUUACUGGGCCACCAAGCUCAAUCGAUUACCUCGAUAAGAAACCUCAACAAGGUGAUGGACAGAAGGGCUUGGAGCAGGUCACACAAAGGGAACGGACACCAGCUGGGGUGUUUCCCCCUUUUGUUACACCUGCGGGAGGUCUCCACAAUGCGAACGUCAUGCCUUUGUAUUAUUAUAACACUGAUGUGUUUCAGGGUGGCAUGGGUACUGGUGGCUCCAUGUUUUUCCCUCCUGGGUGGUACUACGUCCCCAUGUGUACUUAUGGCGACUCCGGGUGGGUGCAGCCCUCGGGUGGAGCCGCAGCGGGGGCAGGCCAACUGUACGGAGAACAACCCACCACAAAUGGGGAGCAAACGGAGAGAAAGAAUAAGAGGACGAUGAAGAAGAAGGACAAGGGAGGAGGAAGAAAGCAGAGCGAUACGCUGGUCGCUGCUGGACAUUUGAAACCGUUGCAGUUUAGGGCGGGAGUCGAAUGGAGCAGUGAGGAUGAGAAAUAUCUGAAUGCGGAUGUUUCUAUGGAGGAGGAGAGGAGACAGAGGACAAAGAAGAACAGAAAGGGGCAGGACAAGGGAGCAGAUAGCUCCAUUGGGGAUUCCAAGUGGUACGAAAUUGAGCGCCGCCUGAACAACUGCCGGGGGGUCAUCCAGGAGAGAGAAGCGGAAGAGGAGGACGAGGAGGAGGAAGAAGAAGAAUACGAGGCGGAAAACGGAGUGGGUUGCGGCUACUACAUCGACUGCAGCGACGAAGAGGGUGCGGACAGCUGCGAUGACGACACAAAGUACAUGGAUGUGAUGGACAGUGAGUACCAUUACGAGGGGAACACCGAAUGUGGAGAGAGCGAGGAGUGGGUCGAGGCAAACGGGGAGUACGCAAGCAGACGCGGGAAGAAUAACCUCACAAAGAACACACGUCGGGGGAAGAACUCCCGAGCGAAGAACCACUUGGAGGAAGAAAGCUACUCUGUCGACUAUGACAAUAUUUACAAGAAUUACAAAAUAGGGUACCUGCGGGAGAGGCUCAAGUGGGCGAACGAGUACCUGCGCAGGGGGGGGGGCCACACAGACCCCAAUCACAGUAACGACAGUCACAAUAACCCCCGCCAGAGUAGCCGCGGUGACCAUAACGCCGCUCACCAUAACACCCCUGUGAAGAAGCACAAAGAACGCCUGGACGACAUCGCUCACCUGUUCCUCCCAAAAAACAAAAGACACGAAAACAUAUUCGACCUGUCUUUAAACUUCUCCAACAUAUCAGAGAGCGACAAGGACGAUAUAAUUCGCAUGCUUUUUUCCUGCAGAGAAUUGGAAAAGCUAAUUGAAGAGCAACACUGCGUGCUCGACAUGUUGGACAAUGACUUAAAGGAGGUAAACGAAUCUUUGAAGUUGCCUCCCACAUGGAGUAACUUUAAUCAUUUCGAAAUACUCCAAGAGAGCAUACUGAAUUCGGAAAACAACCAAGCGCUGCCCCUUAAUAACACGCCAUUUUUUAUUAAGGGGAAGGUGGCUUUGAUACCUAAAAACUUGGAGUCCUUCUUUGACAAGCCUUUGGUGGGGGAGAAAGUUUCGCAGGUAGCGGAUGUAGCGGACGUAGCGCAAGUAGUGCCAGUAGCGGACGCGUCUGCAUCGUGUGCCUACUCGCAGCCACUGGACACUCCCUCGAGCAGCAAGUACAUGCCCAAGUUCGCCAAGGCCAAGGUGAAGCCGAAGGUGUCGCUGUUGUUGAAGAAGGCCGCUUAA